AAACGAGUGCGCAGCGCAUUCUAGCAGAUUCUAGUACUUUCUACGGAGUGAAUAAAAAUCGUGACGGCGUGAUCGAGCUGAUUUCGGUAUCGCUGUAUUAGGAACUUCCUGUUGUGUAUUACAAUCAACAUGCCAAAAAUCGACGAGUUGGAGCAGGACAUCGCAGAGUUGCGUGCCCUUGAGGCAAGUGCACAACGCACUCGGGUGCAGCAGAUUAUGUCCAUCGAGGUUCGCAAACUCGAGACUGAGCUGAUCCGCGAGCGGGAGCGGCAAGGCCCUGCCGCAGCCCCCGGUGCAGAGGCCAAGCACAGCGCAUCGCAGCAGUCGCGAAACACCCCUUUUACAACGAAGAUUACCAAUUACGCGUGGGACCAGUCGGACAAAUUUGUGAAGCUGUAUGUAACGCUGCCUGGAGUGCACGAACUGCCCGCUGAGAGCGUCAAGUCUGCAUUCGGCACACGGCGGUUAGAACUAGAGGUCAAUGGGCUGGCCGGCCGAAAUCAUCAGCUGCUGAUCACCACCCUCAUGAACGACAUUGUCCCAGACUCCAGCUACCACAAGGUGAAGACCGACAUGGUAGCCGUGUUCCUACGAAAGACGUCUUCCGACAAGUGGUCCGACAUCAGCGGACUCGAUAAAAAGGCUAAGGAACCUAAGGUUCCGAAGACCGAGAUGGACGGAGGUGACCCGGGCUCCUCGUUGAUGAGCAUGAUGAAACAGAUGUACGACGAAGGCGACGACGAGAUGAAGCGCACCAUCGCAAAAGCCUGGACGGAAGCGCGGGAGAAGCAGCAGGAGAACGGGGACGGCGGCCUCCUUUAGAUGUCGACACCGUGGCGUUCCACCGUUGUGACAAAAGCGAAAGGGUUACGCGGCGCCGAGAGAAGGGUCGAUUGGACACGCUAGCUGGUCGGGCUAGACCGCACCGUACCUCUAGCAUUUUUGCGAGCAAAGCAAUUCUAAGACAAGGCAGACUUCCACUAUAUGUAGUUUUUGGUUCCCCAGAUAAAUUGGUUCUACCGAUUCACGCAAAGCCCCGCGUUAGCGCAUUCGGUGACAGAAGCGUAUGCGUGCGCCACCUCUUUUGUGGAACCACGGUAGUGUCUACUGUGGAAGGCGCAGCUGUGCCAAGGCACAGCUGCGCCUUCCACUGUGGCAUUGGCAUUGAGUACUUUAGAAGGUGCACCUGUGCGACAUUCUAGACAAGAAAGUAUUGGGCACAGAGUUUUCAAUAAAGGAAAUUCAAACGAGAUUGGUGAGGAUAACCCUAAAAAGUAUGUUUAUUGUCAAGAUUCACCCCAAAGGGUGUAAACUUUGUUUAGAGCAACACUCGUCAGUGGCAUUUUGCUCAAAGCCGAUGCUGAAAACAGUGGCUGUUUGUGAAGAGCGUUUCGGGUGCAGUUAUCAGAAAUGAGAACUGUUGUGUUUGUACAGUGACAAAUUGUUCACAAUAAAUGUACAUAAGCUUUC